GUCCCAUCGCCGUUUCGAAGGGCGCUGGGAAAGGAGGCUACCAGAUCGGCCCGAAGCAGGAGUUCGGGCUGCCGCCCCAGCCCGUCGACGGGAAACCUCCCAAGAAGAAGCCCAAGAUCGGCUGCGGCAUCUGCGGCGAGAAGACGGAUGCCAUGGCGACAGCGUGUAAGUGCGGGAGGUGCUCUGGGACGCACAAGUUCGCGUUCCCUUUCUGGGACUGGGACACGUUGACUGACCAGUACCACAGCAACGAGAAAGUGAAGGCUGGCUUCGACAACUCGCACCAAAUUCUGCACAAGCAAGGCGGCGUGAAACCAGAGAUGGAGUCCGAGGAGACCGUGGGGGAGAAGUCUGGCCUUUUCGAGGACACGGUCUGGUCGUUCCGUUGCCUGAAGGAGAGCGACGUGACCGCCUACUACAAGAAGCCGCCGAGCGAGAUCGACAUGAAGCCCACGAGCAUUGUGGACCAGAGCGGCGCCCUCAGGAACGUCUUCGUACAGGUGAACCCUGACCAGCCGCACACCAUCGUGAACAUCUACCGCCGCAGGGAGCUCAACCAUUCCAUGCUGGCGAUGCCUACAGGUCGGAGACUGUUCCCCCAGCAGGGCGCUAUCCACAUGCAGUCCUUGAUUGAGAACCGUUGCGCGGACCUCAGGGCUUUCUUCAACGCGCCCACUCACGAGGACAUCCUGAGUAGGCUCCAGGACAAGGCGACGGUCGAGGAAAUCGCGGCAAAAAACAAGGCCCUCAAGUCCAGGAGUUCGGGUUCAGCGCCGUCGAGUUUGCCGCCGUCGGGGCCAUCUUCAGAACCGGUGGUGGCCUUGGCCGAUGGGGCUGCGGCUGCAGGGCCGACGGAGGCGGCGAGCGUCCCCAAGGCGACCGACCCAGGCGAGCCCAUGGGCCCGCCAGCCUCCACGCCUGUGAAGAUGAACAUGUCUGCCCUGUCGCAGCUCGAGGGUUUCCGCCUGGCCAGCAGCUUUGACGAUGGCGAGGCCAUGGAGGAGGAGUCGGAGGAAACGGACAAGGAGACGAGGACGGCGAGGGCUUCUUGGUCCAAGCUCCGGUUUUCUGGGAUGCAAGGGUACAUUGAAAAGAGCACGUAA